AUGUCCAUCAAGUGCACAGGACACAUGACUGAAGAAGUUCAAAUUCCCAGGGAGAAAGACGAACCAAACCAGAAAGGAUCCAUGCCUUCCCACGCCACCCUGUUCCUCCUGACCCUCCCACCCAAUGCUCCAGCACCACUGAGCUCAGGUCUCAGAGUUGAUGUUCGAAAAUCUGCCCCCUCUGUGGUUGAUCGACUUCAGAGACAAAUAAUCAUAGCUGACUGUCAAGUUUACCUGGCUGUGCUUUCCUUUGUGAAGCAAGAGUUGUCAGCAUACAUAAAAGGUGGGUGGAUCCUUAGGAAAGCCUGGAAGAUUUACAAUAAGUGCUAUGUGGACAUCAAUGCCCUUCAGGAGCUGUAUCAAAAGAAGCUAACUGAAGAGCCUUCUGAUGCUGCAAAUGAUAAUCACAUGGUGGCUGAAGGGGUGACUGAGGAGUCCCUAAACAGACUGAAAGGUGCUGUUAGCUUUGGAUAUGGCCUUUUUCACCUUUGCAUAUCCAUGGUGCCCCCAAACCUGCUCAAAAUCAUCAACCUGCUGGGGUUUCCUGGAGACCGCCUACAGGGGCUUUCUUCACUGACGUAUGCGAGCGAAAGUAAGGACAUGAAGGCCCCUUUAGCUACAUUAGCUCUACUCUGGUAUCAUACUGUAGUCCGCCCGUUCUUUGCCUUGGAUGGCAGUGAUAACAAAGCAGGCCUGGAUGAAGCUAAGGAAAUUCUUCUCAAAAAAGAAGCUGCUUAUCCAAAUUCUUCCCUCUUUAUGUUUUUCAAGGGACGGAUCCAGCGAUUAGAGGUAUGGUACCUUCCUCAUCUUUUAAAAAUAAAGCCUCUGAUGAUCCCAUCUCUGCUGUCUGCUUGGGGGCCAGUGUGGAUGAGGCAGAAUGCCAUCGGCUGAGGCACAUUGUGUUCGUGUGCCUUUCACUGCACCAUUGCUGAGGAAGAGACCUCCAGGAACCCAGAAUGUUAGUCAGUUACCUUCUAUUCAGGGGACAUGG